UCUUUUUCAGAUGAGUUUUGGAACAUACUCCUAUUCAUUCCAAUGCGCUCCAAUACGUUUGGAGCGCGUUGGUGAAUGAAGUAUAUUGCAGUAGAAAGGUUCCUCUCUGGUUGGUGCUGGUUGGAGCAUGCAACACAAACAAAUCUCGUGAAUGGCUGCGUGUAGGUGUAGGUGUGGAAACGUGAAGUGUAGAAUGGGGCCGCUACAACCGUCCCGGCGGAAUCCGUAAAGUCAAACGUGCUGUGUACGGCUGGUACGGCUCGAAGAGCUAAACUGCUUGAAAUUUCUGAAUUUUUCUUCUAAAUAAUAGAUAAUAAUAUGGACGAUGAGUGCAACACGACAAUCAAGGAGACGUUCCAGGAACCACGAAAAAGGUUUUGGCUGAGAUCAAGAAAACGGCUGAAGAGCGACGCUAUGAGUGUCAGCUCAAUGGACAUAUCCAUGGACUCUGACAUGGGUAAGAAGAAAAAGCGUCGCAGAAUCACAGAAGUUGCCAGCAGCAUAUUUUCUUCUGCUGCAGCAAGUAAGACUGGAAACACUCUUCAUAGGUCCUUCACAAUCCAGCCAAACUCUGCAGAUCUGUCCAUCAUUGAGGACGAAGCAGACACAAGAACAUUACGCAAAAAGAGUUGGGUAUCAGACAUUGCACAGCCGCGUGGAGAGGAGCGAUUGAACAAUGUAUUAAGUCGCAGUGAGAUCAAGCGACAAGAAGCUAUUUACGAGUUAUACUGUGGUGAAAAUGUGCUGCUGAAUGAGCUCUAUAUGCUGAGAGAUUUGUACUACAAACCGAUGUCAGCUACUGAAAUGUUCACAUCCGAAGAAUUAUUUACACUCUUUGGCGAUCUCGUAAAUCUCAUCGAAAUACAUAGUAACUUAAGGGAUGAAUUAUUCAAAUUGCGGGAUAGAUACGGAUUCACAAAGACCAUGGCACCAACCCUGUUAAAUUGGUUAUCAACAUUAAAGGAACCAUAUCUAGAAAGAUGCAGAACAUUGGUUUGGGCGAGGCAUUUGCUGGAAGAGAAGAAAUUUACCAAUAAGAGAUUCCAGUCGUUUCUGAAGAAGCGCUUAGAGUCACCACAUUCCGUCGACCUAUGGACUUACCUUGAUGUGCCACGCUCAAGAAUCGUGAAAUAUCCACUGCUAGUGAAGGAGAUCUUAAAAUAUACGCCUACUACCGACGUAGAUUAUUUACCGUUGAAAGAGGCGAGUAAAAUGUUGUCGGAUUUGUUAAAGAACAUUGAUAACAUAAUGGGCGAUGCCGAAUGCAAGCUUGCUCAGUCGAAAAUAAAUGCGAAGAUCGAGCACGAUCCUGAAAAUUGUAUCGCCAACGCAACAGAGUUGAUUACGGAAGGCCAACUUAAGGAUACACGUGGAAUAAAAUAUCACUGCUUCCUUUUUGACACUUGUUUCGUGGUAACUCGUCCUACGCGGCGUGUUAUCAAAAAGUACAAUCUAUCUUUUCCCGUCAUAUCCAAGGAACAGAUGUAUGUGCAAGUGGAGGAUAAAAAUACCACAGAAAUCUGCUUCAAGAUCGGAGAAUUUUCUUUCGUAAUGGAAGAUGGGCACAAAAAGAGACAUUGGAUCGAUUCAUUCAAUAAAAUACAUUCCAGAGUGGGCAUUCCAGAUAAACUAUUCAACACUGAUGACAAGGAGAACUUGUUGAACAACACAGAGUUACCGGAGUCAAAUAAUUGCGUUGCGAAGACGUCGAUACGCAGGAGAACUUCUACUAGCAGUAUAAACGACACUUUAUUUUCUUUUUCUAUAAAGAGGAAUUUGCUCAAACAAAAACGCAACAGCAUUGGCUAUAUUUAGUGAAAAGUCAUUCACAAACUUUUCAAUAAAAAUCAUUCUUGUUGGCAUAUUAUAUGAAUAUGAUGGAACAAUUAAUUGAUUAGUAUAAAAUUAGUACAAAAAUUUCAAGUUAAUGCAACGAAAAAUUAUUUUUAUUUACGUUGCAAUUUUCUUUCUUGAUAUUUUAUACUUGAAAAUGAUAAAUAAAUAAAAGUUUUCAAAAUAGCAAUGUACAGGUAUCUUGGUAUUUAUGACUACUUCAACUUGUGAAUUUUUAAAUUUAUAGUGCACAAUCGCAAUAGUAUUGUUUUAGAGUAUUUAAACAGUUUCAAUAGUAUUAAUAAUCACUUGUUAAAAUUAAUUUGUGUUUAACCUUUAUAGAAUGAGGUGGUUUUCGGACAACUUGUAUAGUUUUCAAUUUAAAACUUUGAGAUAUAUGCCAUACUAAUGAUCCAUGUAAAAGCUGACUCCUUUAGAGCUGAUAUAUCGGCUUCUCGGCCUUUAGAUAUUAAGCUAAAUAUUAAUUUUACAAUAUCAAAUAUAUUUUUAAAUGGUCAAAAAUGAUAAAUUGAAGUCUAUAAUCAUUUUUAGUGAUAAAAUAAUUUUCCAAUAUUUUAUUUAUAACACCACUAAAAUAAUACCACUAAUACGUCAGUGUAUUUAUCAGUAUUUAAACAAUCAGUAUUUAACUUGUAAUUAAUUCGACGUAUAACUAAAAUUUUGAAACAUUGUAACUAAAUCUCGUCGUUAAUCAAGAGAUACCUGUAUUACACAUUUUAACAACAGUAAUAUAAGUUAAAAGUAGUAGAAGAAAAAUUUGUAUUCAUACGUAAAUAAUAUGAAGCGAUUAACACACGAGUUUACAAUCCGCAAUGACAUUGCGCAAAGAUGAAUUGACUUAUAUGUCGUAAAAGUUGAUUUUAUUUUUCCAAGGAUUUAAUCCGCAUUGAUAUUCCUCAGUAAUUAAUUUUUAUUAAGAGCACACAGCUUACACGUGUGUGUGUAUGUGUGGAUGUGUGUACGUACAUGCUGGGCGAAGCAUGAUUUAAAAAUAGUGUAAUAUAUAUGUACAAAUGUUAUCCAUCUCAAAAUAUUCACGGAACGUCAGUCUUAUAUUUAUAUAUAGUUAUAUGCAUUCAUUUUGUAUUAGCAUAUAUUUAUAUGAUAAAUAAAAUUUAUAUACACAUUUUCUUGCAAUAAACUAACAAAACGUGAAA